AUGCAUUCUAGUGCGUGGCGAGUGAUUGUUGGUUUGCUGCUGUGUGACGUUGCCGCACCAGACCCGGUGAUCGGUAGUGGCAGUGUCUUCGCCGCUACCAUCACGCGCGCUUUAGUGCCUCCGAGAAGGGAGUCGCUUCUGUUGGGCACCCGAUAUGGGCCAGUUGUGCCGGAAAUAAUUGUGAACCGUGCACCAACGUCCACUGUCGCGCCGCAAAGGGACCAGGGCGGUACGGGAUACAACUAUGAUGUGCCCGCAGCGGGAUAUCUUCCACCGGAGUCGGUUCCGUUCGCUGACGAACCUCCUGCUCCGAUUCCACCUUCGGUUGUGAACAACUACCUUCCACCCGUUUCCCAAGACGAACCAGCGGCAGACGAGCCAGUCUUUCCAUUGUCACCUCCGCAAGUCGUCGGAGACUAUCUGCCACCCGAUGAAGCCCCGCAGCGAGACGAAGUGUUUGUGGUACCGACGGUAACGCCAUCCGUUCCCGGAUACAACUAUAACCCUCCGACGACGACGACGUCAACCUUCUCACCGCUGGGCGAUGAAGGGUUCGAGGAUGGAGCUGACCCGGAAGGUGGCUAUCGGUAUGAUCCACCGGCGAACAUCUACGUUCCACCUGCAGCCGGUGGCGUCGGACGUUCGCUGCGGGACGAUCCAACGAAUCUCAGAACACCGAUAAGAUUGCAGCUGAAUGAGCUCGCCUGUCUGCGCAACAAUGGCGGAUACUUCCGGGCGUCGCUGACCGUGCAAAGUGCCAUCGAAAGUGUCCCGCUGGUGGAUGCCGAGAACGAUGGGGGCGAUCUUGGUGGGUGCGAGGUGCGUCUCGAUCAAUCGCGACUGCUGGUCGACAUUGCGUGGUCCGACUUCGGUCGCUGUGGAGUGACCCCGUGCGGGCAAACGACCCCUACCAGGGAGUUGUGUUUGCGGGUUCGCUUUCCCGCCAUUGCCGGCAUGAGGACGGCCGUCGAUCCGGUACUAACGCUGCAGUGUCGCAUACAGCAGAGGAUCGUUGCCCGGACACACUCGGUGCGGCUCGGUGUGGCCGAAGAUGUGCAAGCCCGUGCCGGAACCGGGACGGCGUUCGCGAUCGGUGGUUCCCAGCGACCGUUUCGAUCGCAGCUGGGGAUCUUUCGACGAACGAACGGUGGCGGUUCGUUUACCAGGGCUUUGCAGCCGGGUGGCGCGGUCAUGCUGGGGGAAGAGUUGAUGCUGCGGACGCAGGUAUCUGCGGGUGAUGGGUGGAACUUUACGCGACUCUCCGAGGUGGUCAUGCAGCGGCUUUCGCCCACCGGAACCGUUCUCAACUCGGCCUCGCUCGUGAACGCAAACGGAUGUUUGAAUCCGCUGAUGCGUGCCAUCAGUCCGGUGGCGCCAGUGUUCGAGGCUCCACUGGGCUAUCGGUUAGGGUUUCGGGCGGCCAUGUUCCAGGGAAUGCGCAGCGGCGACGAGAUGGUACUGCGCGUACGGAUUGUCGGGUGCGUCGAUCGACGGGAGUGUCUUGUGGAAAAUUGCCAAACAACUGCCCGUUCGAAACGGGACACCGAAAAUCCCGCUGCCGAAGGACACGCAGCGAAUGGGACGAUUCCGUCUUCAACCACCACCACGACACCGUCGCCUGCACUGGCCGAAACAGCAUCGAUCGCCUUCCGUAUAAUGCUCCCACCCGAAGACGGUGCCUUUACCGAUGCGCAGGAUAAUCCUACCGGCACAUCCGCCACGCUGCUCUGGAUCGCCCUCGGCACGACGUCCACGAUCGUGCUGAUCAUCGUCGGUGUGGUAGCGCUAGUGCUGCUCACAUUGCGCCACAAACGUCGCCCCAAUUACGAUGAGUAUCGGGCGGAUUAG